AUGGCACCAGGCGAGAAAAAGGGCACGAUCAUUCUGGACAAUUUUAACUCAACUCAGCGCGACGAGUACCAGGUCUUGCUGCAAGCCUAUCACAAUCAGCAAACGAAUAUAUCGUGCUGUUUCUUUUCAAAGAAAUACAUGAUAAGACAGAACUAUAUAAAUCUGGAGACGUUCUUGCAUAAUUUAGACAAUCGGGCGAAUCUUACGGCGAACCCAGGAUUCCAGUCAACUCUAACGCUAGGAUCAAAGGAGGCCAUUACUGAGAAGGCAUAUAAUCCCUUUGAGCACAGAAGAGUGGAACACCCCAAUUCAACAAUCGGCUCCUUGGCUCAUCUUCUAAAAUCCUCGCUCGGUUCCGGUAUCCUGGCUAUGCCUGCAGCUUUCAGGAACGCUGGAUUAGCUGGCGGAGCGAUUGGCACCAUCGUUGUUGGCUUCAUCUGUACACACUGCGUCUAUGUUUUGGUAAAAACGUCACAAGAAGUAUGCGUGGAGGCGAAAAAACCAUCUAUGGGAUUUGCCGAAACGUGCGGUGCAGCCUUUGAGUAUGGGCCAAGGAGAUUGAGACCUUGGGCCAAGACAGUUAGAAUCUUCGUGGAUUGGGCACUGACCUGUACUUAUUUAGCGGCUCUGAGCGUCUACAUUGUAUUUAUCGCAGAAAAUUUUAAAGAGGUUCUAGAUGAAUAUGUACCGGACUACAAGCUAUCCGUGGAGACUUACUGCGCCCUAACUCUGGUUCCUUUAGUCCUAAUCUGUCAGAUACGAAACUUAAAAUGGCUGGUGCCCUUCACGGUUGUUGCAAAUGUGUUCCUGGUUGCCUGCUUUGCGAUCACUAUGUACUAUAUAUUCACGGACCUACCUAACCCUAAAGACAGAGAAAUGAUCGCCAGUGUCACGCAAUGGCCCCUGUUUAUAAGUACAGUAAUAUUCGCUAUGGAAGGAAUAGGUGUGGUGAUGCCAGUAGAGAAUGAGAUGGCGAAACCAGAGCAGUUCCUGGGUUGUCCAGGAGUCCUCAACGUGGCGAUGACGGUGGUCAUCGCUUUGUACGGAAUCGUUGGGUUCUUUGGCUACAUUAAAUUCGGGGAUGAAGUUCGUGGCAGUGUUACGUUAAACUUACCGCAGGACGAAAUGCUCGCACAAAGCGCAAAGAUUCUAAUGGCUCUAGCUAUCCUGUUCACGUAUAGUCUCCAGUUCUAUGUUCCCAUGGAGAUGAUCUGGAGGCAACUACAUCAGAAGAUAGCAGUUAGAUACCAUAAUAUCACACAGAUCAGUCUAAGAACAGCGGUUGUGAUAGGUUCAGUUGCUCUUGCCGCUGCGUUCCCAGAUUUGGAACUCUUUAUCAACCUUUGCGGUGCCAUCUUCCUUUCAACCCUCGGCCUCUUGAUACCAGCGAUUGUCGACAGUGUCCACAAAUGGGAGAGAGGACUUGGGCAGUUCAACUGGAUCCUUAUUAAAAAUUGUGGCAUCGCGCUUUUGUCGCUCGUUGCUUUAUCUACGGGAUCAUAUACUUCCAUACACGCCAUGGUGGUCAAAUUCAGUGAACCGGUGGAAAUCGCGAAUGCAACUACUACUAUCAAUGCUACGUUAACUUUGUGA